AUGGACGCUCCCCACCUCCUCCUGCCAUGGCGCCUUCUUCUCCUCGUGUUGUUGACCUUGGCAGGCAGCAGCACGGCCAGCAAUGGCGCCUCUGCGCCGGCACCGGCGCCCAAGCCGGUUGGGUUCGGGUACAAGCUGGUGUCUUUGGUGGAGCGCCCCAACGGGGGUGGCCUCGUCGGGUACCUCCGGGUGAAGCAGCGCACCUCCACCUACGGCCCUGACAUCCCUCGCCUCAGGCUCUUCGUCAAGCACGAGACGAAGGACAGGGUGAGGGUGCAGAUAACGGACGCGGCGAAGCAGAGGUGGGAGGUGCCCUACGACCUGCUCCCGCGCGAGCCGUCCCCGCCGCUCGCCGCCACCUGCCCCGGCCCCCCCUUCACCGCCGCCGAGUACGCCGGCGAGGACCUGGUCUUCACCUACGGCCGCGACCCGUUCUGGUUCGCCGUGCACCGGAAAUCCACCCGGCAGCCGCUCUUCAACACCAGCCACUCCCCGCUCGUCUUCAAGGACCAGUACCUCGAGCUCACCACCCGGCUCCCCGGCGACGCGGCGCUGUACGGGCUCGGCGAGAACACGCAGCCGGGCGGGAUGAAGCUCCGGCCCAACGACCCCUACACGCUCUACACCACCGACGCCUCCGCCAUCAACCUCAACACCGACCUCUACGGCUCCCACCCGGUGUACGUGGACCUCCGGAGCGUCGCCGGCCGCGGCGUCGCGCACGCCGUGCUGCUGCUCAACAGCAACGGCAUGGACGUCGUGUACCGGGGCACCUCGCUCACCUACAAGGUCAUCGGCGGGCUCCUCGACUUCUACUUCUUCGCCGGCCCGACGCCGCUCGCCGUCGUCGACCAGUACACCACCUUGAUCGGCCGCCCCGCGCCCAUGCCCUACUGGGCGUUUGGGUUCCACCAAUGCAGGUGGGGAUACCAGAACAUUUCAGUAGUCGAGGGUGUCGUGGAGGGCUACCGGAAUGCAGAUAUCCCCCUCGACGUGAUCUGGAACGAUGAUGACCAUAUGGACGCCGCCAAGGACUUCACGCUUGACCCCGUGAAUUACCCGCGCCCGAAGCUGUUGGCGUUCCUCGACAAGAUCCACGCACGGGGGAUGAAGUACAUUGUCCUUAUCGACCCUGGCAUCGCCGUGAACAACUCCUAUGGCGUGUACCGGCGCGGCAUGGAGCGCGACAUCUUCAUCAAGCUAGAUGGGCAGCCCUACCUCGCACAAGUGUGGCCUGGCCCGGUCUACUUCCCGGACUUCAUAAACCCCAACGGCGCGUCGUGGUGGAUCGACGAGGUGCGGAGGUUCCACGAGCUUGUACCCGUGGACGGGCUGUGGAUCGACAUGAACGAGGCCUCCAACUUCUGCACUGGCAAGUGCACGAUCCCGACAAAGCACAAGUGCCCGAUCCCAGACUCGAAGGAGCCAUGGCUAUGCUGCCUGGACUGCAAGAACCUCACCAACACAAGAUGGGACGAGCCACCUUACAAGAUCAAUGCUUCCGGGCAGUCGGCUCGUCUCGGCUUCAACACCAUUGCCACCAGCGCCAUGCACUACAAUGGCAUCCUGGAGUACAACGCGCACAGCUUGUAUGGCUUUUCGCAAGCCAUUGCCACGCACAAGGGGCUGCAGAGCAUCCAGGGCAAGAGGCCGUUCGUCCUGACGCGGUCCACGUUCGUCGGCUCUGGCGCCUACGCCGCGCACUGGACCGGCGACAACAAGGGCACCUGGGAGAACCUCCGGUACUCCAUCUCCACGAUCCUCAACUUCGGCAUCUUCGGCAUGCCGAUGGUCGGCGCCGACAUCUGCGGGUUCUACCCGGCAGGCGAGCCGCCGCUGGAGGAGCUGUGCAGCCGGUGGAUCGAGCUCGGCGCCUUCUACCCGUUCUCCAGGGACCACGCCAACUUCGCGUCGCCGAGGCAGGAGCUGUACCAGUGGGCGUCCGUGGCGAAGUCGGCCCGGAACGCGCUCGGCAUGCGGUACAGGAUGCUCCCAUACCUGUACACGCUCAACUACCAGGCGCACCUCACCGGCGCCCCUGUGGCGCGGCCGCUCUUCUUCUCGUUCCCGGACUUCACGCCGUGCUACGGGGUGAGCAACCAGUUCCUGCUCGGCGCCGGCGUCAUGGUGUCCCCGGUGCUCGAGCAGGGCGCGACGUCCGUCAGCGCCGUGUUCCCGCCGGGCACGUGGUACAACCUCUUCGACACCAGCAAGGUCGUCGUUUCCAGCGGCGCCACGGUCAAGCUCGACGCGCCGCUGAACGAGAUCAACGUGCACGUGCACCAGAACACGAUCCUGCCGCUGCAGCGCGGCGGCACCAUCUCCAGGGACGCGCGCGCGACGCCCUUCACGCUGGUGGUGGCGUUCCCGCUCGGCGCCGCCGAGGCGGACGCGGAGGGCGCCGUGUACGUGGACGAGGACGAGCGCCCGGCCAUGGUGCUGGCCGAGGGGCAGGCGACGUACGCGCGGUUCCACGCGUCCGUGCGCGGCGGCAAGGAGGUGACCGUGCGGUCGCAGGUGUCCAUGGGGAGCUUCAGCAUGCGCAAGGGGCUCGUCGUCGAGAAGAUCGCGGUGCUGGGGCUGCACGGCGCCGGCAGGGACCUCGCCAUCAAGGUGGACGGCUCAGACGCCGCUGCCAUUGCCACGUCGAGCCCCUACUUCGCAGGUGCGGCGGGGGAGGAAGAGGCCGUGGAGGGCGGGCAGAGAAGCGUCACAAUGGAGGUCGCUGGGCUGGAGCUGCCGCUGGGCAAGAGCUUCACCAUGACAUGGAACAUGCACAUCGAAGCAUAGACCAGAGUCACCACUCACCAGACUCUGCUCGUGCUUCUAUGUGCAAGUUCCUAUCUAAUUGGGAGUGUAGUUCAAGUUCCCGCCAUGCUGGUGCUCCUGUAACUUGUGUGGUGGGUUACCCUCAAACACUAUCUGUGAACACUGAUUCGGCCAUUGGAGUUGCAGAGAAUAAAACUGCAUUUUUACAGUGACUAGUUA